ACCACCACCAUCUCCAAACCCCCAUCCCAUCGAACGACAACAGCGGAGAUGGCGCAUCAGGUUGACUUCUUGGUCGCUGGCAUCGACUUCAACACGUUGGAUGCACUGGAGCAUCGACGCACGCUGGCAUACAUCAACGACUUUGUCACAUCGACCACAAGCUUUCUCAACCAUUUUUCCUCAGUCUGCGAAGAGAAACUGUCGGAUGUCUCCUUUCGCCUCCAGCGCUUGCAAAUCACAACGUCCAUUCUCGAGGACAAGCUGGCCUCGAUCAAGGGCCUGGAGAGUGUGACGGGAGAGACAUACGUGUCCACAACAGAGACGCCAGCUCACCAACAGACACAAACACAACAGUCGCAACCACAACAACAACAACAAUCACAACAACAACAACAACAACAACAACAACAACAACAACAACAACAACAAUCACAGCAACCAGCACAACCAGCACAAGCGCAAGCGCCAUCAGCCCCAGCAGAGCAGCAGCCGGGCACAGCGACUGGUGAGGGUGAAGCGCCUGCUGCACCAGCGGGCGCGGCCACGGUGGCCCGCAAAAACCAUCCCAUCCUCAAGCGUUACUUCCAGAUGCUCAACUACGGUGUGCAUCCACAGGCCGUCAAGGGCAAGCUGGAGCGCGAAACGGGCAUGAGCGGCGACCUCCUCGACGACCCUGAUGCGCCAAUGGAGGAGGGCACCGGUGGCGCAACAGCGGGCGUGCCGCCGCCGCCACCAACAGCCGCGCAGCAGAGCAGUGACGACGACUUCUCGUCAUCAUCGGGCGAGGACAGCAGUGAUGAUGACGAUGAUGACGACGAUGAUGACGACGACGACGAUGAUGAUGAUGAUGAUGAUGGUGGUGCGAGCGAUGCCACGAGUGGUGGCUCCGGGUCAGAUGCAGAAUUCUCCGAUUAA